AUGCCUCACCGGGCGGCUUCGCCAGCCUUGUCCGAAAGCGAGUUCGAUAUCUCCAAGGCUCUUUUUAAAGAUGAUGCCAACUCCGACGUCGAAGAUGGCUGGGCCCUGUCAAAGCCAAAACAGAGACCGAUUCCCGCCGCAAAUUUGAACUUAUUAGACGGAGAUGACGAGGGCGAAGACGACGCAGCUUUCAUUGCAGCUACGCAGGCUGCUGCCAAUCGAAAGGCUUCCAACCUCAAAGGACGUACCGUCAAGAAGGGCGGCGGUUUUCAGGCCAUGGGUCUGAAUGCGCAACUGCUCAAAGCCAUUGCUCGCAAAGGGUUCUCCGUGCCCACUCCCAUUCAGCGCAAAACAAUCCCUGUGAUUUUGGACGAGCAAGAUGUCGUCGGAAUGGCGCGAACUGGUUCCGGAAAGACGGCUGCGUUUGUGAUCCCGAUGAUCGAGAAGCUGAAAAGCCACAGUAACCAAGUUGGAUUGCGAGGUCUGAUCCUGUCGCCUUCGCGAGAAUUGGCUCUCCAGACGUUAAAGGUUGUCAAAGAGCUGGGUCGUGGAACUGACCUGAAAGCGGUUCUUCUGGUUGGUGGUGACAGUUUGGAAGAGCAAUUCGGUCUUAUGGUGGGCAACCCUGACAUUGUCAUCGCAACUCCGGGUCGUUUCCUCCAUUUGAAAGUCGAAAUGGGCCUUGACCUGGGGAGCGUUAAAUAUGUGGUAUUUGAUGAGGCCGAUCGAUUGUUUGAAAUGGGUUUUGCUGCCCAGCUCACUGAGAUUUUACAUGGACUUCCUCCUACACGACAAACUUUACUGUUCUCUGCCACACUUCCCAAGUCACUCGUUGAAUUUGCCAGGGCUGGCUUGCAAGAUCCAACCCUCAUUCGACUGGACACCGAAGGGAAAAUAUCCCCAGAUCUCCAGAAUGCAUUCUUCACAGUCAAGUCUGCGGAGAAAGAGGGUGCACUUCUUUACAUUCUACACGACGUGAUCAAGAUACCUGCCGGUCCACCCGAGGCUGCUCGACGCAGGAUUGAGAACCGCGCUGAUAAUAAAAAUUGGUCGAAGAAAAGAAAAAGACCGGAUACUCAGAAGGCUAUCAACACCACUGAGUCGCCUACGAAACACUCAACCAUUGUCUUUACCGCCACGAAACAUCAUGUUGACUACCUAGUGAGUGUUCUACGUGAAGCAGGUUUCUGGGUAUCGCACGCAUACGGUUCCCUCGACCAAACUGCUCGUAACAUAGAAGUGGAGCGGUUUAGAAGCGGUAUCACCAGUAUAUUAGUAGUGACGGACGUUGCUGCUCGUGGUAUCGAUAUUCCAAUUUUGGCGAAUGUUAUCAACUACGAUUUCCCCUCUCAGCCCAAGGUUUUUGUCCAUCGUGUUGGACGAACAGCGCGUGCUGGUCAAAAGGGAUGGAGUUACAGUCUUGUACGUGAUACAGAUGCUCCUUAUCUUAUUGACUUGCAACUGUUCCUGGGUCGCAAGUUGGUUCUUGGACGACAAACGGAACAGGUCAACUACGCCGAGGAGGUUGUUGUCGGAGGUUUCUUGAGGGAUACCCUUUCAACCCAUUGCGAAUGGGUCACGAAAGUCUUAGGCGAUAAAUCUGACCUUCAAGCCCAGAAAGGAGUUUCUAAUAGAGGUGAAAAGCUUUAUAUGCGAACAAGAAAUGCUGCAUCCCUGGAAAGCGCUAAACGUGCCAAAGAAGUCGUUGCUUCAGACAACUGGACAUCUCUACACGCCUUGUUCAACGACGAAAGUAGUCAAAUGGAAGCCGAGCGAGAGAAGAUGCUCGCUCGACUUGGCGGAUUCCGACCACAAGAAACGAUCUUUGAAAUUGGUGGCCGUCGCAAUGGAAAGAAAGGGAACGAUGAGAAGUAUGAGACGAUAAAGCGAGUGCGUUCUACACUCGAUAAGAAGAAGAAGCGCACUGCACCUGAAGCCAAACCAGAAGACGAAACCAAUAUCUCUGCCGAAGGAAACAAUGGCAACGUCGAGACCGCAGCCUUCUCUGAUGAGGACGAAGCGGCAGAGAACGAGCCAGACAACAUGUCCAUGGCUUCCGAGUCCGAUCUUGAAGUCACAUUCUCUCAAUACUCCCAGUCCGGCAAAUCUAAGUCUAAGAAUGCAGCAGAAUCCUUCCAGAACGCCGAAUAUUUCAUGGCAUAUACUCCCGCCAACACGUCGCUGGCAGAAGAUCGGGCUUAUGGUGUGCACUCUGGCUCCAACUCGAACUUUGCACAGGCCUCGCGCGAUGCUACGAUGGACCUCAACAUCGACGAGAAGGUCGGUUUCGGGGAACAUCGCUCUGGUAUGCGAUGGGACAAACGCCAUAGCAAGUACGUCUCACGCCGCAACGACGAAGAUGGCUCUAGGGGCGGCGCGGCUCUUGUCCGCGGCGAGAGCGGGACCAAGAUUGCAUCUAGUUUCCGAAGCGGACGAUUCGAUGCGUGGAAAAAGGGUAAACGCAUGGGUCGCAUGCCCCGUGUAGGCGAUACAGAGAAUACCACGCUUUCUGGGGACUUAAACAGCUCCAUGUCUGGCCGGAAAUACAAGCACAACAAACAGCAAGUCCCGAAACAGCUCGACAAGUACCGUGGUGAUUAUGAGAAGAAGAAAAAGAAAUUGAGUCUUGCUAAGGAAGCGGCUGCUUCUGAAGGCGAUGGCGGGGCUAUGAAGGGCAAGUAUAAUAGCGGCAGGGCACCAAAGAAUGAGCUGCGAAACAAUGAAGACAUUCGCAGGGCGCGGAAAUUAAAGGAUAACAGAAGAGAAAAGAAUGCCCGACCAUCAAAGAGGGGUAGAGGCAGGGGUCGGCGAUGA